AUGGCCGAAGAAUCGGAGCGGCCUCAACUCGAUCCUUCGCUUCAGCCAACUGAUUGUUCCGCUUCUUGGACUGAUCCUGCGGCUGGACCGGGCGCAGAAUCCUUUGGCGCAGCCUAUGAAGGCGUCUCGUUGACCUCAGAGUCCUCGAUCGCUGGAGGAGAAACUGCUCACCUUGGAGGCGACGGCUGGUCUAUUGCCGACGAUGCAGAAGAAAUUCGGAGCGAGGCAGAGGACUCUGCUCUGGGCGACGACGUCCCAGAAUCCACGGCUUCCCUAAGGUCCAGCCUGUAUCAAGGUGUUCAAGAAAAUGGCCGAUUCUACCAUAAAUACAAGGAAGGAAAGUACGUGUUGCCGAGCGACGAGAAAGAGUGGGACAGACUCGAUCUUCAGCACCAUCUCUUCCUUAUGACCACCGAUAUGAAGCUCGCUCUGGCUCCCAUAGUCGGUGACCCGGCUCACGUGAUAGACCUCGGGACUGGCACCGGGAUUUGGGCUAUUGACUUCGCAGAGACGCAUCCCAACAGCCAAGUGAUUGGCGUCGACCUGUCCCCCCAGCAGCCCGAAUUUGUGCCACCAAACUGCAGAUUCGAGAUUGACGAUGUCGAGGAGCCGUGGACGUGGAACCAGAAGUUCGACUAUGUGCACGCACGCAUGAUGGCAAGCAGCAUUGCGGACGUCCCCAAGUUCUUCAGACAGUGUUUCGAGCAUACUGCACCAGGAGGCUGGCUGGAGCUGCAGGAUACCCACUUUCCUCUCACGUCGCAGGACGGCACGCUACACGAAGGCACGGCGCUGUAUCAGUGGGCGGAGAAACUUGUUUCCGGGCUAAGGAUCUUCCAAAGGGAGAUAGCGACGCCGAGAUACAAGGCACUCAUGGAAGAAGCGGGGUAUGUGGAUGUCACAGAAGUGCAGUUCGUGUGGCCCCAAAACCCCUGGCCCAAGGAUAAGAAGCUCAAGGAGCUUGGGAGGUGGAAUUUGGUGAACAUGUUGGAUGGUCUUGAGGGGUACAGCAUGGCACUGUUGACACGUGCGCAUGGGAUGAGUCCCGAAGAAGUCCAGGUGUUUCUUUCAGACGUUAGAAAGGACAUGAAGAAUCCAAAGAUUCACAGUUACUGGCCUAUCUAUUUCGUGUACGGACGCAAACCUUGAGCCGCAAAAUGAGCGGGUGGUGUGACGAGGUUCCAUGUUUCUCUUUUUGACAGGUCUUGGUCUACAUUUGAUAUACCCCAGGAACAGAAUUUCCAGUCUCUAUCUGGGAAAGGGCGAACGUCUGGUUAUGAACAUUCUCAGGAGCUGUAACGUUAAUUAUUUAAGUAAGAGUUCGAAUAGAUGACGGGCAUGUAUAUGAGACGGCUAAAAUGACUUUCAAUUGACGAUAAACAAAGAAUAUAUG